UACGGAUUGAGGCUAAACCAGGCUUUGCAAGAAGCGCCAGAUUCUAUGAAGUUAUUAAAUCUGAGAGGAAAAUGGGAUAAUGACGAAUAUAGGGAUGAUUGGGCACGUUAUGAAGAUUUGCUAGAAGAUAGAAAAACCGAUCGGAAAGUAAAAAAACGAAAACGUGAAGCCCAUAUUUCUUUUCAUGAGCAAUUAGACGACAGACUAGAUGGUAAAUCGACUGGGAACGCAACCAGCGACAAUGAUCGUGAACUCGUUAAUAAUGAUGAUACUUCUUUUGUGACUCAAACUGAAAGCACUUCUAGUGAUAAUGAUUGCGAUGACGAUAACGAAGGGAAUAAUCGUGACGAUAAUUCCAAUAUUUCUUUGGUAGCUCAGACACAAACUGAAACUACAACCACUAAUAACUAUGAUAAUAGCAAAAAGUUCGUGUCUUCGGUAGCACCGCGGAUUGAAAUCGUAUUGGGAAAAGACAUCAUAAAAAUGAGUGCCAAAGAGACCAUUCGAAAUGAUGGGAAUAAAUGGAUUUUAUGUGGCAUCGAUUUACAGGAAGCACUAACAAAAUGGAAACAAGUAAAGGUUCGACCGCGCACUGAUCUGGCAUUCUAUGACAUCAUAGAUAUCACACCAGGUUCUAAUAGUGAUUUUCUACGAUCACUACCUGACAAUGCAGUGCAUGAAAUAAAACAGUUAAUACCGUCACCAACACCUAAUACGAACAACGAAAUGAAAGAUUAUAUUAUUGAAUUUAUUAAGAUUGAUUCAUUGAGACAACGAAUUUCUGAGCUUGAGGCUGAAAAGACUGAGCUUGAGGCAAAGAAUACUAAACUGGCAAAACAGGUUAUAGAAGAGAAUGCCAAGCGAGAAGCUGAAAAUGCUGAGCUCAAGGCCAGGAUCGCCAAAUUGGAACAGAAACAGAUCCAGGCUAUUACUAAUGAACGGGAAGCAUCUACAAAAGAUAUUUCACCACUAACCGAGAGCCAUUCUCCAGAGAUAGAACAUAACUCGACCCAAUCUGAAGAGACAAAGUUUCGGCAUGAGCCGGAGCAUGAAACAUCUACAACCUCUUUACCACAAGAUAUUAUCGAUGACGAUUCAGUUGAAAUCCUAGAUUUUAUCUUACCAGAAGCCAAGGUAAGUAUACUACCUGUAUUUCAUCCCGAAAAGGCUCUAUUGGAAACCGAGAUAAAUGCAUCAUCUGCAUCUCAACCCAAGAAAGAUUUAUCAAAAGCAGAGGUAAAUGUGCCAUUCAUGCCUCAACCCGAAACAAAGACCUUACCUAGAAAACCGAAUAAUCCGACCCAUGACCGUGCUUAUUUUUGCAAUAAAAUAUUGUGGCGAUGUUCUGAUUUAUAUAAAGAAUUUAGUAGUGAAAAAUUUGAUUAUUAUGGAAUUCUUGAGGGAUCAUUAUGCCCAGUAUGUAAGAAAAGUCAUGAGGAAGGGAAAAGUGUAAAAGGUAGAUACGAAGCUGGAGAAUCAAAGAUUCGAUGUUCUACAUCAUCUUAUUUUAUUAUAUGUGGAAAGUGCGAAAUUGAGAUAACGGCAUAA